AUGUACACCACAAUCAUUGAUAGCUUGGGCAAAGAUAAACGUGUAAGUGAUGCUUUUGAUUUAUAUUCGGAAAUGGUUGCCAAGGGAAUAUCUCCUAAUGUUUUCACUUACAGUGCUUUAAUAUAUGGCUUCUGCAUUGUUGGUCAAGUGAAGCAAGCAGUUGGUUUGUUACAUGAAAUGGUAUUGAAAAAUAUCUAUCCGAAUGAUUAUACCUUUAAUAUACUGGUUGAUGCUUUAUGUAUGGAAGGACUGUUGAAGGAAGCUAAAAAUGUGUUGGCUGUGAUGAUGAAACAAGGUGUGAAACCCGAUGUUAUCACUUAUAAUUCUUUGAUGGAUGGGUAUUGCAUGGUUAAUGAAGUGAACAAAGCCCAAGAUGUAUUCAACAUCAUCGCCCAAAUGGGAGUGCCUCCUAAUGUUCAUAGCUACACUAUCAUGAUUAGUGGGUUGUGUAAGAUUAAAAAGGUGGAUGAAGCCUUGAAUCUCUUAAAACAAAUGCAUAGCAAAAAGAUAGUUCUUAAUACAGUAACCUACAGUUCUCUUAUUGAUGGUUUGUGCAAAUUAGGGAGAAUCUUUGAUGCUUGGGAGAUUGUUGAUGAGAUGCAUGCUAGAGGUUAUGCUUUCUUAACAGAAGAAACUGUGGCAGUAAAUGCUUAA